CGCCAGCACCGGCCGCUGAUUGGCUGCUGCAGGAGCGGCAGCUCUGGAGGCAGCGGUUGCUCGGGGUUUCCGGUGCGAGGCCAGAACGGGGGACGCCGCGGACGUCGGCGUUGAGGAGUGGAGCCCCGCAGGCCCCGCAGGCCCGGCCGGCCCAGGCGCCCAGGUCUCCUGACUCGCCUAGGCACGGAGUACCAGGCUCCUUCCGGCCUUCGGGCCAAUUUGUUUGAAGAAGCUUUGUGCGCCUGGUGUUGGGAUUUCCGAUCUCGGCUGCUGAGAAUUUGGGAGUCUGGAUAGUUAGCUGUGGCGAUUGCUUCUAAAGAAUCCGCUGCUCCUCACCCGGCGUUGCAUAUCACAAUGAAGAACCAAGACAAAAAGAACGGGCCUGCCAAACAGUCCCACCCCAAAAGCAACCCGGGUCAACCGGAAGCCGGACCAGAGGGAACCCAAGGGCGGCCCAGCACGCUGGCUCCUGCAACCACAGCAGAAGGUUCCACCGGCCAGGCUCCUGGGAAGACCGAGGGAGCUCAAGCCAAAGCAGCUCAGUCUGGCGCUCUCUGUGAUGUCUCCGAGGAGCUGAGCCGUCAGUUGGAAGACAUAUUGAGUACAUAUUGUGUGGACAAUAAUCAGGGGGGCCCAGCUGAGGAUGGAACACAGGGUGAGCCCACUGAACCCAAAGAAGCAGAGAAGGCCCGGACUUAUGGUGCAAGGAAUGGGGAGCCUGAGCCAGGGACCCCAAUAGUCAACGGUGAGAAGGAGACCUCCAAGGGAGAGCCAGGCACAGAAGAGAUCCGAGCAAGUGAUGAGGUGGUAGACCGGGACCACCGAAGGCCACAGGAGAAGAAGAAAGCCAAGGGUCUGGGGAAAGAGAUCACCUUGCUGAUGCAGACACUGAACACACUGAGUACCCCCGAGGAGAAGCUGGCCGCACUGUGCAAGAAGUAUGCUGAACUGCUGGAGGAACACCGGAACUCACAGAAGCAGAUGAAGCUCCUGCAAAAGAAGCAGAGCCAGCUGGUGCAGGAGAAGGAUCACUUGCGUGGCGAGCACAGCAAAGCCAUCCUGGCCCGCAGCAAGCUGGAGAGCCUGUGCCGAGAACUGCAGCGGCACAACCGUUCCCUCAAGGAAGAAGGUGUGCAACGGGCCCGGGAGGAAGAGGAGAAGCGCAAGGAGGUGACCUCACACUUCCAGGUGACACUCAAUGACAUUCAGCUACAGAUGGAGCAGCAUAAUGAACGCAAUUCCAAGUUACGCCAAGAGAAUAUGGAGCUGGCAGAAAGGCUCAAGAAGCUGAUCGAGCAGUAUGAGCUACGUGAGGAGCAUAUCGACAAAGUCUUCAAACACAAGGACCUACAGCAGCAGCUUGUGGAUGCCAAGCUCCAGCAGGCCCAGGAGAUGCUGAAGGAGGCAGAGGAGCGGCACCAGCGAGAGAAGGACUUUCUCCUGAAAGAAGCAGUGGAGUCCCAGAGGAUGUGCGAGCUGAUGAAGCAGCAGGAGAUCCACUUGAAGCAGCAGCUCGCCCUGUAUACAGAGAAGUUUGAGGAGUUCCAGAACACACUUUCUAAAAGCAGUGAGGUGUUUACCACAUUCAAACAGGAGAUGGAAAAGAUGACCAAGAAGAUCAAGAAGCUGGAGAAAGAAACCACCAUGUAUCGGUCUCGGUGGGAGAGCAGCAACAAGGCCCUGCUCGAGAUGGCGGAGGAGAAGACACUUCGAGACAAAGAGCUGGAAGGCUUGCAAGUGAAAAUCCAGCGGCUGGAGAAGCUGUGCCGGGCCCUGCAGACAGAGCGUAAUGACCUGAACAAGAGGGUACAGGACCUCAGUGCUGGCAGUCAGGGUCUCCUCACUGACACUGGCCCUGAGCAGAGGCCAGAGGCUCCUAUUAUCGCUAAGGAGCAGGGUGGCAAGGGGCCUGUGGCUCAAACACCCAGCUCCCCAAGGGCCACAGAAGUUCCUGCCUGCCCAGGAGCGCUGAGCACAGAAGCAUCAGGCCAAGCAGGGCCCCAAGAGCCCACCUCUGCCACAGCCUAAACUUCCUGGUACCUAGGGUGUGCUGGGGGCGGAGCAGCAGCCCAGCCAGGCAUCGCCUGCUCACCGCUCCCAGCGCAGGGCCAGGAUGCUCUGACCCAGCUGGCAUUUGACACUUUGCAAGUUCGGAUUUCGUGGGUCAGUUUUACACUCAUGGGGCACACGUGCAAGGCCACAGAUAACGUUUGUAAGCAUCCCAUGGGCUGGGGGUGAUGCUAAAUGACGUCGGCGGCUCUGCUGCAAGCUGAUGUCAUAGAAGAGGUCCUCAAUAGCUCCUGGCACCGGAAGCUGGCAGGUCAGAUGACUUGAGACUUUCCCCGCCUGAGUUGAGGCUCAGACCCCCUCCUAGCCCUCUCAAGCUUGUGACAGCUGUUCACCCAGGCCUGGACUCCGUGCUUUUGUGAGCAGGGCUUGGGCAGCUCGGACUCCUAGCUCCCCUGGAGGCAUCUCUGCUCCUCUUGGUCUGGGAACAAUGUCCCUGUGCAGAGCCUUGAGGGGGCGGGGGGCACUUGGAACUGGUGGUUGAGCUGCUUUCCUGCCUAGGACAAGGAACCUGGAGGAUGUUUCUGCGUGAGAUGGUGCACUGGCCAGGGGCCUCUUGGGCACCGCUUCCUUAUACCUCUGGCAGCACCAGGACCAGGCCAGUGCUGCUUCUCAGUAGCCUUAUCAUUCACAGGUGCCUCUAGCCUGCACAAAUGACUGACAAGAGAUCACCCAAAGGAUUCUUGCUGAAGGUUUUGUUUUGCCUGUGACGGUUCGUAUUGCUCUUCUGAGGAAGGAAGGGGAGGGCGCUGCAGCAGUGCUCCAGGUGCCUGGCCUCCAGUGCUCCACCCCUCCUGGCUUCUGUCGUGUUGGUGCCGAGGUUUCCUGUGUGGGAAGAUUAGAUGAAGUGAAAGGAAAGGGCUCUGACGGCUUUGCCAUCAAUAGCCUGUGGGUUUCGACCCUGAGAGGCCACCACAGUGGUGUUGCCAUCACCUCUACAAAGCAGUGGCUGGACUCCAGGUCCUCUUGCCCCCUUGGCUUUAUGGGUCUGUUUCUGCUUCUUGCCCACUCUUAACCCCACCCGAAUGGGCAGCACUUGAGUUUGUCCUGGUGCCACCUACUAGCACCUUCUUGCCCGAGAAAUAAGAGCCCUCCGUGAGAUUCUGCUUCUUUCUGUGGGAGCGCCCAGCUGUUGCCCAACAGCUAAGGAAUGAGCUUGAGUGAUAGAUUGGGCCCCAGAAAUCCAGACAACGGCUGCGGGCACUUUCGUGUCCAUCUUCCUUCCCUUCUCCCUGUACCCAUUGCUGUGUUCAGUGUGUGGCAACUCUGCUCAAACUUCUUGUUGCACACCUGCUAGGGCAUUAGCCAGUCUUUGCACAGAGAAUUUUCUGGGGCUGCAGAAAUGACUUUUAGAAGCAGGCCUAGAGGUAUGGUACCAUCUUUUGCUGGGUCUUAGCUUUAAUGAGCUAAAGGAGCCACAAAUCGAGAUUGGGCCAAGUGGGUUUUUGCCUUGGUGUGUUUAAACUAGAUCACUGCCCCGCAGGCCCUUACAUUUCUCACAACUAACCCUUAAAUUCCCCAGGUGAAUGGGUUCAGGAAGAAUUAUAUUCUCCUGAAUCACAUUGUGACUUAGACCAGACGUGGCAAAUUAAUCACCUCCUUUGCCCAAUGGCAUGUCCCACUAGUUGAUUUCAAACUUGCCUGAUGCCCCCGCAUAUCCCUAAUUUAUUCAGGAUGUUCCAGCAACAGUAUGAGUUGAGAUUUUGCCGUCCUGGCUGAGGUCUGCCCUGCUGUGGAGAAGUAUCGCUCCCUCUUCAAAGUCCCUGUAUUCUGCAUGGUCCCCACCUCUUCCUGCUCCAGGAGAGCCUUCUUGCUUUCCCAGCCUGUGCCAGGAUGAGGAGCACAAGCUGCCAGCCUUACAGGGUUUGCUUAGCUACAGAGGUGCCCCCUUGAAGGACGCAGGAAGGCCUCCCGUGGCCUGUGUCUCACUUCAGCUACCUCUUAAACACGGGGAUAGGGGUAGGGUCCUAGUUGUGGGAUGGGAGCCCAUUGUGCAGGUGGCCCCGGAACCUUAGCUCAGCUCCAUGCGUUUCUAGGCACCAGGCCAAUCUAGACAGGGAUCUCUUCCUCCACUGACCAAAUCUUCCUGAACACUACUGCUGCUCUCCUUUCCAAAGUCAGCCCAGGGGUCUGGGCCAGAUAGGGGGGCGGCCAACCCGGAGUGAGGGCCAGUGCCUUCCUCACCCAGGUGAGUCCCGUGCACGUGACCUCAGUUUCAGGACCAAGAGCUGUGUUGGUUUUUUUUAGGAUUGUUAGCUUUCCUCCAGGGCCCUUCCCCUGCCCACCGGAGCUGGCCGUCACGACUCGUUCAGUUGGGAGCUUCACGCACGUUGUGUCCAUAGCACUUUUUGUUUGUUUUCCAUGAGGUAUUGGGACCAUGGGUGGAUCUCAGGCACUUGCUGUAAGAAUGUUAUUUCUGUAACGAUGGUUAUUUAACCCUCCACCCCCAUCGUGGUGGCCUGCCGAGUGUGUUCCAGCCUUCCACCUCACAGAGCACAGAGGUGGUCAUCCUGGACAGCGCAGACCCUGCCUGGGGGAGGGAGUGGCCUCUGUCCUCCUAACUGCUUUCCUCGCCACCCAUACCUGUUUGUGCAGAUAGCUUUUUUUUUUUUGGGGGGGGGGUCCCUUUUUGGUAUUCACAACAGCCAGGGACUUGAUAUUGUAUUUUGCAUCACAUUAAAUAAAGUUUGUUGCCUUA